AUGAGGAGGAGGCGCGAGACGCUUCGUCUUCUUCUUCGGCGGGAGGGCUCUUCUUUACUGAAAACGACGAGAAGCACGAGUUCCAGGAUUUUGAGCGGCAGGUGUUGCAGUUUCUGCCGCGUUCGAGCUUCUGGGUGGUCGUCCGAACAAGUGCAACGAAAACGAGAUUCUGUGAGCGAAUGUCUUCGGGAAACAACACUCGAGACAACAUCGCAUCGUCGUCGAAAUUUCAAUCAUCAUCGCGCGAGGACGACCGCCGAUGGUGAUGAGAGUAUAAAACGAGGUAUUCGUGGUGGUGGGCCAGUCGUUGAAGAUUUUAUGAAGAGAAAUGCGACGAGUAGGGGAUUCCAAACCUCCACUCGCGCGAUGCAAUCUUCUUCAUCAGACCCGUACGAAAUAUUAAACGUCCCGAGAGGCACGACAGACGAGGAAGUUUUGAAGAAAGCGUAUCGCGUGCAAGCGUUGAAAUGGCAUCCAGAUCGAAAUCCGGAGAAAAGAGUGGAAGCAGAGGCGAGAUUUAAGAAAGUGAGCGAAGCGUACGAGACGUUGAAGGAUCCGAUGAAACGACAAAGUUACGAGUACGGAUCGGCGUCGAGCGCGAGCGCGAGCGGGAGGUACCGACAGGCGCAACGACAACAGCAACAACAAUAUCAACAGAAACAAUAUAAUCAGCAGCAGCAACAGUACACGUACAGAAGAAGCGAUGAUUUUACGCGAGAAGAUGCGGAUAGAAUUUUUAGGGACGUGUUUGGGACCACGGGUGAGGCUUUCGUGAGGGAAUUUGAACGCCAAAUGCGAAUGAGAGGGUCUAUGGGAUCCACGGGCGGCAUGAACGGCGGCGGGUACGCGCCGUAUGGAAAUUUCCGGAGAGGUGGGCGACCCGCCGGCGCGCCUCCCGGCUUCGACGGCAUAGACAUAGAAGAGUUAGCGAGAGCCGUUUUCGGAGGGAUGCAAGCGAUGACGAGAGGUGCGGCAGCGUUUGGCGCGAGUUACAGCGAAGAAAGAUUCCAAGAUCAAAACGGAAACGUCGUUUCUCGAGUCACGUCAACGGAUAUGCGAACCGGGAAGCGAGAGAUUGUGGAGCGAGUCAUCAGCGGACCAAACGCGGGGAGAGUGGUCAGAAGAUCAUCUUCUGCGGGUGGUGGUAAUACUACUCAACAGCAAUACAGUGGCGGGAGCGAAGAACAAUCGUACGACUACGGCGGACAGAAUCAACACAACAAUCCGCUCGCCUUGAGUCCGCUCGCGGCGCUCGCCACCGUCGCCGCGACGUGGAUGCGCUCCGCCGGCGUUCGAAUGAUUGUCGGUGUCGCGUUCCGAGUGUUAGAAAACGUCGCCAGGUUUGUCAUUCGGAGAAUGCUCGGGGGUAGGUAG